AUGGUUUAUAAGACCGAGCUUGAACUAUCUUCUCAUGGUCUAGAAAAAACACACCAAACAAAUAACUCAUUAACUAUCCAUCCACACAAAAUGUCUGUGAAAACUGUAUGCGGAGCCUUCCAAUUGUCCUUACUCUCCGCUCCUGAGCUAGACAAGUAUGUCGAGACUUUGAAGAAAUAUAGCGUCACUGAACUCGACACGGCACGUAUCUACCCAGGCAGUGAGGAAUGUCUGGGAAACAAUGAUCUCCCCAAGAGUUUCGUGAUCGACACUAAGGCACUUGGAUUUACUCCAAACAGUUUGCGCAGAGACUCGAUCAUUGAGUCCAUCGACGAGUCGUUCCGUCUUCUCAAGGUCGACAGCGUGGACAUUUUCUAUCUGCACUGUCCCGACCCCGCAAGUCCUCUGGAGGAGACUCUAGACACCAUUGGAUAUUUGUACAAGCAAGGGAAGUUCAAAAGAUUCGGUAUCUCCAACUACAGUCCCGAAGACGUGCAAAAAAUCUACGACUACUGCAAGGCCAAGGGCCAUGUUCUCCCCUCGGUCUUCCAAGGCAAUUACAACGCGUUUGCCAGAAGAGUUGAGCAAACGUUGUUCCCACUUUUGAAAGAACUCAAUGUCUCGUUCUACGCCUACUCUCCAAUCGCAGGCGGUUUUCUAGCCAAGACGCCCCAGCAAGUGACCGAAGGAGUGGGCCGUUUCAAGCAAAAUGGCCCCGUUGGUGACCUGUACAACGGGCUCUACAACAGACCUUCCCUCAUGAAAGGCUUGGAAAAGUGGAACAAAAUCGCGGAAAAGGCCGGAAUCACCAACGCAGCUCUGGCGUAUCGGUGGGUGGCCCACAAUUCGCCUCUCAAAGCCGAGUCCGGCGACGCCAUCAUUCUAGGCGCUAGGUCCGCUGAGUCGAUGGCUCAGAACCUAGAGGCAAUUAAGCAAGGUGCUUUGGACCCUCAGAUUGCCAAGGAGAUUGACGAGAUUUGGGAGACGAUCAAGGACGACGCUCCUCUCGACAACUACGAUUACUACACGCCCAAAUAA